AUGCAUGUGUGUAUAUUUUAUAUAUACAUAUGUGCGUUUUUAACAAUAAUGCAGUUUUAUAAUCAGUGUCAACAUAACCUAAAUUAUUUUGCCAUGGAUGCAUUAAAUUAAAUGAGAAUAUCAAAUAUUUCUAUGAUGAGUUAUGUAGGUACAUCAUUCCCAUUGAUUGCUAUAGCAGUGUCUUUAUGUUUUGUUCUGGUUAUAAGUUUGUGUUUGUGCGGUUGCAGAAAACAGAAGCAAAAAAAUGAUUUUUUGGGCUUAACUGGAAUGGUUAAGAUCACUAAUCCUGAUGAAGUACUAAAUCAAGAUACGCUUUUAGGAUCAACACCACCAAAUACUACAUUAACAGAAGAUCAAACAAAAAGAUUGAAGAUCAAUGCGAAUCCACACAGAAGUCUUCCAGACAUUCCAAUAUGUUCCGAAAGUAAUGCACAGCAUGCUACUUCAGAGGUGCCUGAAGUCGUGACUGAAUUAUAUGCAACUGUGGGUGAUAAAGUGUUCCUGGAAUCUGGAUCUACACUGAGACCGGAGGUACAGAGUAGUUCUAAUAGAAACACAACUCAUCACAAUCUUGACCAUCAACAAGAUGAUGCAACAUCCUCCUAUGCAACUGUUUCAAAUUUUGAACAUCCAUAUAAUAGGGUACAAAUUCCUGAUCAUCCAUAUGCCCAAGUACAGAAUUCACGAGCUAAAACCGCAUCGAUGAGUUCAGCCAUUAUCAUAGCAUCUAGUGUUCAAAAUAAUAAUAAUGAUACAAUGCCAAAUCACAGUGCAGCUGAUGAUGAUCAUAUAGUUGAUAUACCUGCUGCACCGGCUAUUGCUGGAAGAGUAUCAGCAAAUCAAGAACUGCCAUACAUGACUCCACCUAUUCAAGCUAAUCAUUUUAGUGGUGAUUCCCAAGAUUCAUCAAAGGGAUAUACAAGCAUCAGUGUGAGGGAACCUCUUGUCAACAUUCUAGUUCAUGCUAAUCAAAAUCCAUCAAGAUCAAAUCAAGAACUAAUUGAUUCACAUUAUACUACUGUUUCUGAUGAUUCAGAUGAAAUGUAUGCUGCUAUUGAAGAACAACCAUUUUCUUCACCAUUUGAAGUUUAUACUAGUGUCUCUGAAACAUAUGCACAAAUUCAUCCUCCUACUAAUGAUAAUAUAGUAAACGAUCAGCCAGUUCCGUCAGCACAUGUAUCAAUUAUAAAGCCGGAAGUAUCUCUGAAUAAUAAUUUGCCUGAAGUGAAAGAUGCAGGAGGAAGUACCGUACCAAAUUGCAGUAACACUACACAAGUUCUGCAACUUCACACUAGACAAGAUUCUUCUUCAAGCUGUGUAUCAUCUGUUGGAAAUUUAGAGUCUCCCAAACCAAUGAAACGUCAGGCAAAUUCACCAUUACCUCUUCCACCCUCCAACCCCUUACAUUUUGUAAUGAACAAGCAAAUGAGUUAUAAUGAUAAUAAUAAAACAGAUUUUUAUAAUAACCAGGAUCCAGUAUCUAUAGUAGAAACUAUUUCUCAAAGUGAAUCUGAUGUAUUAGUUAAUGGUAAUGUUAAUUCCACCAUGAGUCCAUUGGAAUCAUUAGGAGAUAGCACGAAUCAAAAUUUGAAACUAUCGAAUUUAAUUUUAUCUGAUGAAUCUGAAAUUACAGGGCCUAUUACAGAUUUAGAAGGAAUGUAUGCCAAGGUGGUUAAGAAACAUAAGCUGAUGUUGUUAAAAAAUGAUGAAAAACUAGAUAAUCUGAAUAAUAGAACUGAUACUAAUUUAGUGUUUGAUAAUGAAGUAGAUGAAUCUGUAUCUAACAAAGUUCAUGGUUCCAGUUCAAACUUACUGCCACAAAUAAUAUUAAAUAAAAGUAGAAAUAGUGAGACAAAAUCUAUUAAUAAUCUUAGACUUUCUAGUGAAGAGAAAGAUCCCGGUUAUGAAACUAUAUGUGAUAAAAAAAAAUUACAAGAUACAAACUCUUGUAUAAAAAAUAUUAAUGAUAGUAUUUAUAGAGAAAAUUAUAAUACCGUACCAGAGAUUCUACAAUCUUUUAAAUCAAAUAUAUCUUCCGAGAUUAGUCAAAACAUAAGUGAUAGUUGCCUCGAUGGUGAUCCAAAUUAUGAAGAGUUAAAUUUGCCAGGAAUUAUUAAAUCUGAUAUUGAUGCAUAUUCUACAGUACCUGACCUGACUAGUAUUAAUGAUUCAAGUAAUCAAAUUCAAAAUGAGAUUAAAUGUGAAUUGGAGCAUAAUUAUGAAUCAGUGACACAAUGCAAUUUAGCAUCUGAUAAUGAAACAAACUAUGAUUCUAUUAAAAGUAUUAACACACCUAAUUCUGUGCAUGGCACACUUAGUACAUAUCAGUGUGAAAAAACUCAGCCUUCUAAGAAAAUCUACUCGGAUGCAGUCGAUGAUUAUUUCCAAGUUUAAUUGUUAAUGCAUUUAUUUAAGGUACGUUUACGAUGAAAUGACUUAUGAAGCUGGUUGUAAGUUUUGCUUUCAACUUGGCUAGUCUUCUGAUGUAGCAGUGGAAUAAUAUUUCUUAAUGAUAACA